AUGGGGACCAUUACAUUUGUGAAGGCACUAUGCGACCUUGGAUCAAGCAUAAACCUGAUGCCUCUAUCUGUGAUAAAUAAGCUAAGGAUCCAAGAGGUGCAACCCACAAGAAUCUCACUAGAGAUGGUAGACAAGUCCCUGAAGAGGGCAUAUGGAAUCGUGGAGAACGUCCUUGUAAAGGUUGAAGACCUUUACCUCCCUAGAGACUUCAUGAUACUUGACACUGGAGAGGACAAGAACGACUCCAUCAUCCUUGGAAGGCCCUUCCUAGCUACUGGGAAGGCCUUGAUUGAUGUAGAAAGAGGAGAGUUGGUUCUAAGUGGAAAGCCAUACAGAACCCCUUGA